AGAAGUAGUAGUUUUCUUCUUCUACAAGCAGCUGUUUCCGUCCAUCCACGUCCACUCCACCUCUGUUCCCUAUGCUCCUCUGAAUUAAAUUGUAAUAAACUCAUUGAAGAUGUCUUCAGAUUUGCGAUCAGAGCUGGAGAAAUACCUGGAGACCUUAAACAUCCAGACGAGCUGUGUGGAGCACCCGCCGGUGUUCACGGUGGAGGAGAUGAUGCCUCACCUGGACAAAGUGAGCGGAGCUGUCACGAAGAACCUCUUCCUCAAGGACAAGAAGAAGAAAGGCCUGUGGCUGGUGUCUGCUCGCCAUGAUCGGCAGGUGAACCUCAAUGACCUGGCCAAGAAGUUGGGUGUUGGUAGCGGUAAUCUUCGCUUUGCAGAUGAGGCAGCCAUGUUGGAGAAACUCAAGGUGGGUCAGGGCUGUGCCACAGCUCUCGCUCUGCUCUUUGAUAAGGACCAGAGUGUGAAGUUUGUCCUAGACCGGGACCUGGUGGAAGGAGGCCACGAGAUGGUCUACUUCCACCCGAUGACCAACGCUGCCACCAUGGGGCUCCGGCCAGACGACCUGCUGCGCUUUCUCAAGGAGACGGGACAUGAUCCGGUCCUGGAGAGCUUUGAGUAAGGCAGGAUGAAGACCUGGACCAGACUAAAUACUGGAAAUGGGAGCAGCCUGCAGGGACUAAACCAGGAAAUGGAAACAAGCGAAACAAGCAGUACAGCAGAUCUACUCAUUCUGCUUCAUUCUGCUAAAGAAAAUGGUCCAAUGAAACAGGUGUUUACUGGGACUUUAAUCCAAAUGCUGGGUUGUCUUAACAAAGGGAACUUUUUAUUUUAUUGCUUUGGUUGCAGCUCUGACAAAAGUCAUUCUUAUUGUGAUAGAAUCGAUAAGCUAAUCUCAUGAUUUACACACAUCCACCUUACAGAUGCUUUUUAGGUUUAUUUCUCUGUAACUCUGUAAAGAUCAAGUCUCAUUAAAGGACCAGACUGUUGGUUUUAUAUGUUUUACCUCAAUUAAAACCUCUAGACACUUCAAA